CCACUUAAUUCUUCGUCUCUCAUCAUUCUCCACCCAACUCUCUCUCCUCCUCUGUCUCUCCGGUUCUCUAUCUAACAUGGUGCUCUCCAAGACAGCCUCACAGUCUGAUGUUUCAGUCCACUCCACUUUCGCUUCCCGAUAUGUCCGAUCCUCUCUUCCAAGGUUUAAGAUGGGAGAGAACUCGAUCCCGAAAGAGGCGGCGUUUCAGAUCAUCAACGACGAGCUGAUGUUGGACGGGAAUCCGAGGCUGAACCUGGCGUCGUUUGUGACGACGUGGAUGGAGCCGGAGUGUGACAAGCUCAUCAUGGCUUCUAUUAACAAGAACUAUGUUGACAUGGAUGAGUAUCCUGUCACUACUGAACUCCAGAACCGAUGUGUAAACAUCAUAGCACACCUCUUCCAUGCACCACUUGGGGAAUCAGAGGCGGCGGUUGGAGUAGGAACAGUUGGGUCAUCAGAGGCAAUCAUGUUGGCUGGAUUGGCCUUCAAGAGGAAGUGGCAGAACAAGAGAAAAGCAGAAGGUAAGCCUUAUGACAAACCCAACAUUGUCACUGGAGCCAAUGUUCAGGUUUGCUGGGAGAAAUUCGCAAGGUACUUUGAAGUGGAGCUCAAGGAAGUGAAGCUCACUGAAGGAUAUUAUGUAAUGGACCCUGCCAAAGCUGCUGAAAUGGUUGAUGAGAACACCAUUUGUGUUGCUGCCAUCCUUGGUUCCACUCUCAAUGGCGAAUUUGAAGAUGUCAAGCUCCUGAACGAUCUCUUGACGGAGAAGAACAAGCAAACUGGGUGGGAUACACCAAUCCAUGUUGAUGCGGCAAGUGGUGGCUUCAUAGCGCCAUUUGUAUUCCCAGAGAUUGAGUGGGACUUCAGACUGCCGCUGGUGAAGAGUAUCAAUGUGAGUGGACACAAGUAUGGACUUGUUUAUGCUGGCAUUGGUUGGGUCAUUUGGAGGAGCAAAGAAGAUUUGCCUGAAGAACUCAUCUUCCACAUCAACUAUCUUGGAGCAGACCAACCCACUUUCACCCUCAACUUCUCCAAAGGAUCCAGUCAAGUUAUUGCUCAGUACUAUCAACUAAUCCGAUUGGGUUACGAGGGCUAUCGGAAUGUGAUGGAGAAUUGCAUUGAAAACAUGACGGUGCUCAAAGAAGGCUUGGAGAAAACAGGGAGGUUCACCAUUGUUUCGAAAGACAUUGGAGUACCGUUGGUUGCAUUUUCCCUGAAAGAUCACAGUCUUCACAAUGAGUUCGAGAUCUCUGAUUUGUUGCGCCGUUUCGGAUGGAUUGUUCCUGCCUACACCAUGCCUGCUGACGCUCAACAUGUGACGGUACUUCGUGUUGUCAUCAGAGAGGACUUUUCGCGAACACUUGCUGAGCGUCUCGUUUUGGACAUCGAAAAGGUUCUGCACGAGCUUGACACCUUGCCAUCCAAAAUCAGUGCUAAGUUGGCAAUUGCUGAUGAAGCGAAGAAGGAUGGUGUUGAGAAGAAAACAGCUUUGGAGACACAGAGGGAGGUCACUACUGCUUGGAAGAAGUUUGUCAUGGACAAGAAGAAAAUGAAUGGUGUUUGUUAAAGGUGCGAUGCAUAUAAACCUUAAUUUAUUGUUUAAAACUGAGUGUGAAUGGCUUGUCUAACACUACUAGUUUCCUAAUAUUCUGCGAGAGACUGUGUCAACCUUUUGCUAUUGAAAUGUACUGCUUCAUACUUGAAUAAUUGAAUGAUAUAUUUCAUUC